AGUUAUAAGACGUCAGAAUAACACAUAGAAUUUGCACUUGUCCAUCUUCUGAACAAGUGUAAACAACAGAAUACUGACUGGAAUAUAAGCAGUAUAUUAGCUAAAAUAGGUUAAGGACCUAAAUAAUUAAAUUAAUAUUUAAGGCAAUGUUUAUAGCAAAAUAUUUAUGCAAGAUUGUCAUUUAAUGUUUAUGCCUAUGCAUCUUUUCAACGUGGAACUGAAGUUGUAUUUUAAUAGUUCUAUAAACAUUGAAUUCUCUACUAAGGAAAAUAGUUGAAACUCAUUAUGGCAUGCAGUGGUAUUGUCUACUGAGUGGUGUUCUUGUUACUGUUCUAUACAGCCAGUUUUGAGAGCUUGCUGUAAUCCUGAUUAAGCAAAGAAGCUCUAAAUCAGAUUAUACAUCUGGUAGCGAUUAGAUGGAACAGUUACUAUCUGGGGACAUAGUAUUUCCAAUGGAAAAAGAAAAAACCCCCACAUUCUGUGGUAUAAUUAAGCUACAGUUAGAUGUAAUCCUGUUUCUUCAUGAACUGUAAUCACACAUAUUGAUAAUCAUUGCAUUGCCCCUUUUCCAGCAUGUUGAAAUGAAGAAUACCUCAUGGAUGAAGAAACUCCUUCAGACUGUGAUGUUUUAUUGAGUGUCCUGAAAGAAACUGUGGAACAGUUUACAUUGUGAUCUCUGAAUAGAGAAAAUAUGGGAGAGUCUUUAACACAGAGGGCUAUCUUGAUCAAACAAUUGAGCAAAAGCAAGAAUUAAUGCCAGGAGAUGUUUAAUAAAUAGUCUCAGAAUGUGAGUGGUAUAAGCUCCAUUUUAACAUGUUUAAAAUUUACAUCACUAAAAAAUUUAGUUUGGAGGACAACCCUACACCGAUAAGAAGAUAGAUUGGAUGGCCUAUGUUCCCCACCCACAUUUUUAUUUUGUGUGGUUCUAUGAGUCUCUUGAGCAAUCUAAGUAAACAGAUAAUUAUAUGAAUUAAAUAUUUAAAAGGUAAGUAGAGUUAAAAAAAUAAUAUAAGAGGACUUGCUGAAUGAGAUGUUAGUCACUGCUCUGAACAAUGGCUACUUGAGGUGAACCUGGUUUUGUGAUUAACAUUAGCUGAGAUUAAGCAAAUGGAUUAUGCCUUUUUUUUUUUUUUUUUUUUUUUUUUCUAGCUGAUCACACUUGUAAUAAGACUAAGGAUGUUCAUUUCAUAUGGCAUAGACAAUCACAUGUACAAUUUAUAAAUCUUUGAGAACAAGCUAACUACUCUUUUAUUUACAUAGGACGUGACUGUGGAUUGCUGUCAAAAUGAGUGAAACACCUUCAACUAGUUACUCGGUGAAUCAGCCAAACUCCUCCGAGAGUGAACAGAGUUUAUCCACACACCAUUUCAAUGUUACUGAACCUGUUGUGGCAAAACGGAUCUGUUUCUAUAAAAGUGGAGAUCCUCAGUUUAAUGGGAUCAAAAUGGUCAUUAAUAAUCGCUCUUACAAAACAUUUGAUGCCUUGCUGGAUAGUUUAUCCAAACGGGUCCCAUUGCCUUUUGGAGUAAGGAAUAUUAGUACACCGAAAGGGAGACACAGCAUCACCAAUCUGGAGGAUCUUGAAGAUGGAAAAUCUUAUAUUUGCUCCCAUCAAAGGAAAAUGAAGCCCAUCAACCUGGAACAGGCUAGCAAAAAGCCGCUGCCCUGGCAGAUGAGUAGGCCUGUCAGCACUCGUCGUCAAGCUGUGAAAUUAGCAAGGGAGAAUGAAGAUCGAUUUGGCAUUCAAGAGAUCAAAAUAACAACUCCCAAAAAGAUGUUUUUUUUCAAAAAUGGGGAUGUAAGACUCAGGCGUACCAUAGUUCUGGGAAAGAAAAAUACACAAACCUUUGAGACCUUUCUGGAUUAUGUGAGUGAGGUAAUGCAAUAUCCAGUUGUGAAUCUAUAUACAACUGAUGGCAGAAAGGUUCCUAAUCUUCAGGCCUUGAUAUUGUGUUCUGGAGCUGUAGUCGCAGCAGGGAGAGAGCCUUUUAAACCAAGCAAUUAUGAUUCUCUUGGGUAUUCACGGCCUGCUAAAUUGCUUGGAAUUGCAAAUCGUGUGUACCCAAAAGCGAAUGCCAAGUCAGAGAGUGAAAAUAUAGUGAGAGCUGAAAUGGUCUCUAGCUCAAGAUCUCGGAUAUUCUCAGUUUCAUCUGAUAAAGGGUCCAGCAAUGAUAACAACUCAAAUUAUAACAACUCAGAUUCUUCCUAUGUUCCUGGCAGUCAUAAUGGUAUAGGAGGAAAUCAGUCAAUCACUGGUGAAAAUUUAUCUGUGGCACAGUAUGAAGAUGACAUUAAAAAAUCUGUUCAUCUUAAUCAAGAUGGCAGUAUCACAGUGGAAAUGAAAGUUCGAUUCAAAAUUAAAGAGGAAGAAACCAUUAAAUGGACAACCACUGUAAGUCGUGCUGGCCUUUCUGAUGACAAAAAUACCACCAUUUGCAAUUCUGCAAUGCAUGCGGAAGACUGCUCAUCUAAUGUAAAUGUAUCAGAACAUGUCAAACGAAAAGAUGCUCCAUUUUUGAAGAGCUAUGAUAAAGAAGAGGGAGACUCAUUACAGCAACUCAGUGCAGAAGUGUCAGACAAGGAAUCGGAGUCUGAUUUAAAAACUGCCAGUUGUAAUAUCUAUAAGAACAAUUCUGCAGAUCUAGAUGUAAGCAAUGUCCCUGAGGAUAAUAUCAAACCUCGCUUCUAUAGGCCUCCCACCCCUGGGCCCAGGCGUGUUAGACAAAAGAAAGCAGUAGUUGAAAGUGUCACCUUGGUAUCUGAGAAAGAGAUUCAGGAGAAGACAAUACGACAGUUUUCCUUCAGUGAGGAAAUACAGAAUGGAGAAAAUAAAUCUGAGUAUUGCAUGGUAGCUCAUUCAAGCAGAAAAAAAUCAAGUGUCAGUAAUCCAAAGUUUAGUGAGAUGAGUGACAAUGAUUUAUUAAAGCUUUCUUCAGGUAAUGUAAAAGAAGAAAUGCUUUUUAAAGUAAGCUGCAAAAGUAAUGAUUUAAUAGAAACCACAAAUAGAAAGACAUUAGAAGUGCCUGACGAGGAUGAAUUGGUACAGAAUAUAUUAGAGAAAUCAGUUGUGGAGCAAGAUACAUAUAAUAGUUUAGUGUCAACCUGCAAAGCUAACAUCAGCAGUUUCAUGCCAUCAUCAAAAAUUCACCAGCCAGCUAGGCCAGGGUCAGCAGACCAGAUCUAUGAGUCAUGUGAUAUUAAACAAAUAAAAAGAUCACUGAGUUCUUUCAUUAGAUAUUCAGAGUUAUGUCAGUCAAAAGAAGAAACAAGGUGCAAAGCUUCUGAUUUAUUACUUAUUUCUCAAGAUUCAGUGCAUUCAGCCUGUUCUGGACAUAGCCAGAUGAAGAUGACGGUACCUCCAUCUAGUAAAUCUCCUACUGAGAAAAUAAAUGCGACAACUGGAUUCUUUCCUACUGUAACUGAAAGUGAGAAUCAAAUCAGUGUCAGAACUGAAUCUGUUGCAACAACACAUCUCAAUGAUAACAGCCAAUCUGCACCUUCUUCUACCAAAAAGAAGAAGAAGAAGAGAAAAGUGACUAACUUCCUAGAACAAGGUACAUAUGAAAAUCAAGAACAUAAAGAGAUUUCAGGGAUAAUUAAAAAUGAGGGAAUGCCUAUCACAAGCAAAACCACACAAGAUUCCACAACAGAGCCUAUGGAUAAUUAUUCUGAAAUGCCCCAGAAAAAGGGAACAGAAUUUUUUGUAAAAAGCAAUGAUGGGUCUGUCAAUUCAGACAAAAGCAUAUGUCCUGAAGAUGAGUUCUGUCACCAGGAUUCAGUGGAAAAAAAUGAAUUAUCAUCUAAUAAAAAACAAAGAAGUAGUAACAACAAGGUGGCCAAGGUAAAAUUAAAGUCAGUCAAAAAGAAUAGUGUUUCAUCUGCAAAGAGUGAAGAUGGUCUAAUGACAGUUGAUUCAAACAAUGAGUCUGAACACAGUCAGGAUACACUAAGUACUGAGAAAGAGGACACACAUCUCACAACCAGUUCUUUUGAACAGACCCCUGAGUCACCAUUGAUUUCAAAUCCAUUGUCAGAAGUGCCAAAGAACCUUAACUUUGAAAAAGAAAAGAAUAUUUUGGAAAAUUUGUCAUCAAAGAAAGAGAAAAAGCAAAAGGGGAUGAAAAAUAAUCUAAGUAAAGGUGCAAGUAAGUUAAAUACGUCAGAGAGCGCCAUUACACCAGAGGCUCUAAAACAUGAGGAUUUUCAAGAGGAGGUCGUUGAACAUUCACCAGAAAACUAUGUCCAAACUUGGCUGAAAAACUUGUUACCAAAUUCUGUCUUACCCCCUAUAAAUAAAAAAGAAUGUAAUGUAGAGAAUAGCAAUGUCUGUCAUUUUUCUAAAGAAAAUACUGAUACUUCUGUAGAUAAAGAAACAAGAUUUAUCACAAAUAAAGUGCAUGUGACUGGAGAAGACUAUCUGGUUGAACAUAAUCUAACCAAAAAAUCAUUAAAGCCUAUUUGUGAACUGGGGUCUUUAGAAGAAUCAGCCAAGGAUUCGGGUGAAAAAAACCCUGACUCUUUGAUUCAUGCUAAUACAACUAUUGUAAAAGAAUCCAAGUAUUCACUAAAGUCAGAACUUCAUCAUGAUGAUAAACUACACUUGUUUCAUGAAACACAUGACAAUGAUAAAAAGAUGUCAGACGUUGAUAUUCAAGAUACCAUCCUAUGUCAAAGAAAAAAAUCUGAGGUUGCUGUUCAAGUUGAUUGUGCAGUUGUCAAUGAGAAAAUGGGAACUGAUGUUCAGAAUAAUUGCAUGUCUACCAUGUUGCUGCAUGAACUACAAUCCACUUUGCUUGAUCUCCAGAAAGAACAUGGUGAAUGUAUAGGGAAAGCUUGUAGCCUUUCAGAUCUUUCUCCUUCAGCUUUUGCUUCUUCCUCCAAUGUCCUCCUAGCUUGGCUACUUAUACUCAAUGUAAGAGAGAAUUUUAUUGAGACAAGCAAAGAUGAUAUGCAGAAAACUCCCUGUAGUUGUUCUGAAAUAUUUACACAGUUGCAAUUUCUGAAACAAACUACAGUCAUAGAAAAAGUUGAUGAACUGAAGGCUGCGUUCUUACAUUUUCAACAAUCAAGAGAAAAUAACUUGUUACACUUUGGUAGGGAACUCAAAAAGCAGGACUCCACACAUGAGAAUAUGCCCAUAUCUGAAAUUCAUAAUGGUAUAAAUUUGCAUGAAAAAUCAAUUGAGCCUGGAAUUCCAAAGGAUAGUGUAAAUUCUGAAGAAGCUCUAAACCGGUCUGAAUUAGAAAGCUGUUUUGAUAUACAGAGAGACCUUUGUAGAGAAACAGAGACUUUAGUCUUGAGCGCUCCCAAAACACAGCUAGAUGGUCAAUAUGCCAAUACUAAUUCAAAUACCUGUAGUCUUGCAUCAGUUAUAGAGCUACCAGAGCAAAAUGAAGAAAAGCCUGAUAGCCUGUAUGAAAAAACUCAAGAUAAAACUGUGGAUACAUCAUUCACUAAUGAGGAGUCAGAAACCUCAGUAGAACCUAACUCAACGGUUUAUAGUGUAAAUUCUAAUCAGGAUACUCCUGAGUUAGAAGGUGAAAAAGAUAUUAUGCAUGUUACUACUGAUAAAAGUGAAGAUGAGAAAGCUGAUCCAAAGUCAGCAGAUAAUGACCAAACCCCAAAUAAUCAACUUAAGCUAGCUGCUGAAACCUCUGUGGAAUAUAAUAAUGAGGAUGAUUCUGUAGAGGAGGACAAGGAAGAUGCAGAAACUUGUGAGGAAACCUCUGAGAGAUUAUCCACAGCCUCUCCAUUAUCAUUUUGUUAUGAAUCGAAACAAAUUACAGAAUGUGAUAUAAGUGAAGGAGAACAGAAACUGCAAGAAGAACUGGAGAAUGAAAUGUGUUCAGACUCUUCUCAGAUAAAAAAAUGCUUACGAAGUCCUGCUACUUCAGACUGGUCAGAUUACAGACCAGAUACUGAAGAAAGUGAUUAUAACUUUAGAGCAUCCAGUGAUUUGACCAAUGAAAGUGGAGAAGAAGCAGUACUUGAAAAACAUUAUAAUACUGGCUAUGUAAAAAGAACUAUUGAACGACUUUAUGGAAAGACAGAAGCUUCAUUUAAGCCUGACUUUCGCAAAGGAUUUCCUUAUAUGUCAAAAGUAUUUAAAACUGAUACUGAAGAAUCCCACUUUGCAGUGGUGGAAAAAAAUGUUUGUUUUUCUCAAAAACCUAUGUCUUGUUCUGCAGAGAAAUUAUCACAUUCUUCACUACCACCACAAGAAUUCCCAGCAAACAUAAACAAAGAUGACACUAUAUCAAAACCAGAAAAUACAUCUUUACCAACACUACAACCUACUCUUAACAGAGAAGAAACAAGUUAUACUAAUGACUGUUCAGUGGAAUCUCCAAAGCAACAUUGUCAACCUAGCAUACGAGCUAAUGAAGAUGAAGGAGUAUUGAUAGAUAAAGGCAAAUGGCUUCUCAAAGAGAAUCAUUUGAUAAGAAUAUCUUCACCUGAACGAAUUGGAAUGUAUGGUAAUUUGGAUACAUCAACAGACACAGUCCUUGAUACUAACAGUGAUGAUGUUCCUUACUCGCACUUUGGCAAUCUGAAUCAGUACCCAGAUCUCAAGGAAAUCUCUUCUUCGGAACUUGAAGAAAUGGCUAAACCCUCUGAAAAUUUUUGCAACUACUUCAAUAUACCUCAUAAUAGUGAUUCAGACCCUUUUCAGGAUGACUUUACAAAAAGCAAACCUGGCCACAAUGGUAAGAUCACUUCCCUUCCUGCAGCAAACAAAGAAAAGGUCAAGCCAUCAGUCAUGGUAGGUUCUGCUUCCACACAUCUUUCCACACAGGCUGAUACCAAUUUUCCAGCCUUUACAUCUGUAGAGUUUAGAUUGCCUGAUAACAAGGUGCAUCCAUUGGAACAGCCUUCAAAUGAGGAACCCAUACAGUCUCAGCCAACUGGUGUUAGCAAUCCUAACAGAAGUGCUCUUCAGGAUGAAGAUUCUCUGGAUAAACUCCAUGCUAUGUGUGGUCAACAUUGUCCAAUACUGAUGGUGACAGUAACACCAAUUAAUGAGGAACAGAGAGGAUAUGCCUACCAAAAGGCAUCUGAUAUUGAGAACCAGCUGGGUCCAUGUUUGUUGGCCAAAAAGAAUGAACAUUUACAGUGGUCAGGAGAAGAUUUAAUAUCAGACAAAAAUAAUCAUAUGACUCUGAAGAACAACUGUAUCAAUAAGAUUGUCAAUAAUAUUUUAAAUAGAUUUUAUGCUAGUAACACCUUAGAUUUUAUUAGUAACUUUGGAAUACUUGCAUCUUCAACUCUGAAAGACACAAGCAAUUUAGGGAAGUUACAUGUUAGAGAGGAUACGAAUGUAAAACUUAUGGAAGUCAACAAUUGUCAGAAUAAGGUAUCCAAACACAUAAUCAGUGAUCUUGUGAUAGUCACAAAUAGUGAGCUACCUAGUAGAAAGCCAAAAAUAUGCCAAACUCUAAGAAUAAGCCUAAUUCAUAUUGUUGGAGAAAAAUUUUCUCCCAUGUUGGCAGAUCCAGCAGAAGCCUGUCAUUCUGAAACACUUCUGAAGUGUGACACUUCUUUAAAUAACAUUGAACAUAAUGACUCUGAAAAUCUGAAAAAUGAAAAUGCCUUUCCUACAGAAGAAGAAGAAGAAGAAGAGAAGAAGAAGAAGAAGAAGUAGAAGUAGUCUCCUUUUGUACAAUGGACAAUGGAAACAGUAAAGAUGAGAAAGACUCGUAAUAGAGAUCUUGGAAUUUCUAUAACAUUAGUGAAAAUAUCUUCAGAAAAAAAAAUCUCAAAAUAAACUGCUGAAUGCCACACCCAAUAAAACUACUAAUGUGAAUACAGCCCAGACUUAGAUAAUUAUAAAUCACAAUUGUUUGUUAUUGCUGAAAUACAGAUAAUUACUUAGAUUUUUAUGGGAACAAACAUAGGGAGAAAAGUUGCUCUUCUAAGACAGUGAUUUCUUGGUUAAAAACAAGGUUUUCCCUGAAAUGUUAUCUUUUCAGAGAUAUUCAGUUAAAUACUAACCGUCUCAUCUGUAGAGAAACAACUACUGCUUCUUAGAACAGAGAACUGAAAUUUGAAAUACCCGCCAGAGUUCGAAGAUAAGAUUCCUAUAUUUUAUGACAUUUGAGAAAGGGUUUGAGAGUUGUCUUUCAGUAGAAAUGCUUUUUCCAGAAAAAAAUCAACUUGAUGUGUUUGAUUUGAAAUGAAAUGUAGGAAAUAUUAUUCAAAUGCUGUAAUACAAUGAAAAGUAGGAAGCAGAAGUCAAUGUUAACUUUAUUUAGUUUAACGUUAUCAAAUUGCUAUUUCAAUUUUUAAAGGCCAACUUCAGAAUAUUUAUGUGAGUAAAGCAAUCUUUUGUUCUGUGUAUAGGAUCAUCCAGACCCAAAUAGAGUUUGCCUCUUUUAUGCAGAGGAUACUAGAAAAAGAGCACAUUUAUUGCUGCUGGGAUUCCACAGGAAUUAAGAAGGGAGACUGUAUGUCAAUGGCCUUCCUGACUGCCCUUGCCAUAUUCCCUUCUGAGGCAGCACCGCUUACUUUUAAAAUUGUUCUACAUACAAGUUUUAGUUGUGUGUUCUUUAACCUCUAUAUUUUAAAGGUUGUCCAUGUCUUUUCUGUUUGUUUUGUUUUUUUUGUUUUUUUUUUUUUUUUGUAAAUGUGUUGUAUUAUGAGAAUCCAAGGCAUAUGUAAUAUGUUUCAGAAUAUUUCAAUCUGUUAUUAGAAUUAUUUUGGAUACCUGUUUACAGCAUUUUUUAAUAUUAUGUGUGUGUAGUAAGUACUUACAUGGUUUAAAAUUUUCAGUAAAUGAUUUUAAACAUAAAAUUGGAAAAUAUUUGAUGUAUAUUGUGAUUAGGCAGAGCAUUUCAGGUUUUUGGUUAGAUUUUAAUCCCUAACACUGCAUAGUACCUUGCUUCAAUGUCAAUGAAGUCAGAGAUAUACCUGAAGAAGGAGGGUGCUGUUUUUCAGUUAGAGAAUGAGAAUUUGUCCAUUCUGUACUCUCAGAGGCUGUGUCUAGACUAACUGGUAUGUACAUGCUGUGAUAAAUCCUGGAUCAUGACCCUUUGGUCAUUCAGACUGGGGACAUAAUUAAAGGCUGACACAAAUCCCUUUUGGCCCAGAGGCUUUGAUUGUCUCACUGUGGGACAGAAGGCACAUAAAAAGGAAGUAGAAGUUGGAUCUGGAGCAAAGAGGUUUGAAGUACAGGUAGGAAACCUAGAAAUACUCUUUAGUUCCUUUAGGAGCCAAGUGGCAGAUAUAUUUCCCCAUAAAUAACUGAUAAAUUUCUGUCAUUUGAAGCAGCAUAUUCUAUGUAAUAAACUAACAUUACCACCUUAAA